AGUCUUAAUACUAAACUUAACUUAAUCUUAUUAAAAAUGAAAUCAAAAUCAUGCAAAAUUUUAAUCGCAUUGAUUUUAUUUAUGUUUAUUAAAACUAACCUUGAUGCCAAAAGUAUAGGAACAGAAAAUCUUGCUUCUUACAACCCAACAACAGAGAGACAACUGUCAUUCAAUGCAAAAGCUCAUCUUUUCUUCCUUCAACUUAUUGGCAAAGGUGACCUUGCAGAUGAAAAGCCAACAACUCCAUACUCUGUAUUACAUCAACGAGACAAUAAACCAACAGUAGCUGAGCAUUCAACAAGUUCUCCACGACCCACAGAAGCAACAACUACAACAACUGAAGCUCCAUUUGAGUGGAUGGAACGAUGGCCUGUUCAGUAUGAAAAUGGAACUUACGGAACAUCAUUAACUCCUGUUUCGAAAACAAUCCUUGAUAUUUUUGAAAAAGCAAAUGAAUUUAUGACUAAAAGAGGUGACCGGAAAGGAUUAACUCCUCAUCCACUAUGGAUUAAAGUUUAUAUAACUAAGCCCAUGGAAGAGACGACAGAAACUUUGAUUUCAGCUAGGACAACAAUUUUUGAGAAAAAUAGCACAGUUUCUACACUUUAUGAUACAAUUAGUCCAAAGACAGAAGAAAAUAACGACUAG